AUGGGCUGGACAGUGUGCAAUACUACUCUAGAGACCCAAGAAAUCGAGGAGGUCGAGCUCUGGGAUGGUGGCCUUACAUUUCACCACCUGUCGCUCCUGGUGGGCGGCGCUUGUGCCCUCUUCGCCUGCGGUGUAUCAAUAUUUUUGAUCAUGCAGCAUGCCAUGCAUUACAGUAAACCGAUCGAACAGCGACAUAUUAUCCGCAUUCUGUUUAUGGUCCCCGUCUAUUCCCUCGUCGCAUGGCUCAGCAUCUUCUUCUACCAUGAUUCCGUCUACUUCGAAGUCCUCGGCGAUUGCUACGAAGCUUUCUGUAUCUCCGCUUUCUUCUCCCUCAUGUGCCACUAUAUCGCCCCCGAUCUACACAGUCAGAAGGAUUACUUCCGUGGAAUUCAGCCUAAGGCGUGGCUUUGGCCGUUGAAUUGGUUUGCGAGGUGCUGUGGUGGUGACCGCGGCAUCUGGCGGAACCCGCGCAGUGGAUUGACUUGGUUCAAUAUUGUCUGGGCUGGCGUCUUCCAAUACUGUGUUAUCCGCGUUGUCAUGACUAUUGUCGCGGUUGUUACGCAGGCUUUGGGCUUGUAUUGCGAGGCAUCCCUCAGUCCUGCCUUUUCGCAUAUCUGGACUAUUGUCUUUGAAUCGAUCUCUGUCACCAUUGCAAUGUACUGCCUGAUCCAGUUCUAUUAUCAGACCAGCCAAGACAUCAAGCAACACCGGCCGUUUGUGAAGAUCUUGUCGAUCAAGCUCGUCAUUUUCCUUUCCUUCUGGCAGUCAACACUUAUCAGUCUUCUGGUCUCCGGUGGUGCUAUCCAAGCAAGCAAGAAGAUUGCACUAGCAGAUCUCAAAACUGGCCUUCCGGAAGUGAUGAUCAACAUUGAAAUGGCCGUCUUUGGCUGCCUGCAUCUCUGGGCAUUCUCAUGGAAGCCCUACACCUUGAACAACCAAAGUGAAGUCACCGACUUCUAUGGCAAUGGCAAGACCGCCUAUGAAGGCGGACGCUACGGCGCCAGAGCUCUAGUCGACGCCAUGAAUCCACUGGACCUCCUAAAAGCCAUCGGACGCAGUGCCCGCUGGCUAGUCGUCGGCCGCAAAACUCGCAUGCUAGACCCCAGCUACCAACCCCAGGACCAGCCCCCGCAAGCAGGCAGCGAACUCACAACCGGAACAGCAUACCAAGGCGCCGCAACCACAGGAGGCCGAGGAGGCCGUUACACGCCAGACGAAGAAGGCGCAGUGCUUCUCGCUCACGCACAGCCCAACCCAGAGAUCGCGCUGAUGGGUACCUCGCCCUAUGCCUCCGACUUCGAGGACCACGUCCAUGACCCCUCAACCCGCUUCUACGGGCAAAGCUCGUCGCCUUAUGACGACUCUGCCCUCCGAAGCCAUGAUCCCCUCCAGUCUGAUGCGAUGGCUCACCCGUACCCAUCGGACGGUCCGCUCCGCGAGCAAGUCCCCAUGCCCAUGCCAGACCCCUAUCAGCCUCCACCUCCGUACCCUGAUAACCACCAUUUAUGA